CCCCCUGCACGACUCUGUUUGCUGCCUUUACGGCUGGGAUGCCUGGCUUGGUGCAGUUUGCUGACAUGUGAGAUGGGAAGGUUUGCUUGAAGCACCUAAACAGUGAGGCUGCUGUGUUACUGAAGAGCUUAGAGCUACACUUGCAGAGCGAGAGACUUGCUGAUACUGAGUUUGUUGCUGUUUUUCUUCCUCCUGUAGAGAUGUGGUGAGAUGAUUUUAUUCAGUGAUUAUAGAUGCAGGAAGUAGGUAUAGGAGUAAUUAGCUAGUCAACAGUACCAUAAAUGUGUAGGUGUACAAGUCUAUGGGGCCGGAUGGCUGCAUCGCAGGGCUCUGAAGGAGUUGGCUGAGGUGGUUGCCGAGCUGCUCUCCAUCAUAUUUGAAAAGUCGUGGCUGUCAGGUGAGGUCCCAGAUGACUGGAGGAAGGGUCACGUCACUGCCAUUGACAAGAAAGGGAGCAAGGAGGACCUGGGAACUACAGGCCAGUGAGUCUCACCUCUGUGCCUGGGAAGAUCAUGGAACAGAUCCUCCUGGAUAAGGGAUGGACGUGUGAUCCGUGACAGCCAGCACGGCUUCACCAGGGGAAGGUUAUGCUUGGCAAAUCUGGUGGCCUUCUGUAAUGGAGUGAUGGCACUGGUGGAUGAGGGAAAGGUGACCGAUGUCAUGUACCUGGACUUGAGCAAGGCCUUUGACAUGGUUCCCACCACAUCUCCAAAUUGGAGGGAUGUGGAUUUGAUGGGUGGACCACUCGAUGGAUAAGAAAUUGGUUGAAAGGCUGCAGACAGAGGGUGGUCAUCAAUGGCUCUGUGUCCAGGUGGAGGCUGGUAACGAGUGGUGUCUCCAGGGGUCUGUCUUGGGACCGGUGCUCUUAACAACUUUAUCAGUGGCAUCGAUGGAAUCGAGUGCACCCUCAGCAAUUUGCUGAUGACACCAAGCUGAGUGGUGCGGUUGGCACGGUGGAAGGAAGGGAUGCCAUUCAGAGGGACCUCAAGAGGCUGGAAAGGUGGGCCUGGGGGAACCUGAUGAGGUUCAACACGGCAAAGUGCAGAGUUUUGCACUUGGGCCGGAGGAAUCCCAGGCAUCCAUACAGACUGGAAGGAGCGGUGCUUGAGAGCAGCCCUGCGGAGAAGGACCUGGGGGUCCUGAUGGAUGAAAGACUUAACAUGAGCCAGCAGUGUGCUCUUGGGGCUUGGAAGGCAAAUGGUAUCCUGGGCUCCAUCAGAAGAGGGGUGGCCAGCAGGGACAGGGAGGUGAUUGUCCCCCUCUACUCUGCUCUUGUGAGGCCCCAUCUGCAGUACUGCGUCCAGGUGUGGAGCCCCCAGUGCAGGAAAGACAGGGAGCUGUUGGAGAGGGUCCAGAGGAGAGCCACAAAGAUGAUGAGGGGACUGGAGCACCUCCCCUAUGAGGACAGGCUGAGGGAGCUGGGUUUGUUCAGCCUGGAGAAAAGAAGGCUGCGGGGUGACCUCAUUGCAGCCUUUCAGUACCUAAAGGGGAAUCAAAGGGUUGAUAACUGCAGGACAAGGGGAAAUGGUUUUAAGUUGAGGGAGGGGAGAUUUGGGUUGGAUGGCAGGGGGAAGUUCAUUCCUAUGAGAGUGGUGAGGUGCUGGAACAGCUGCCCAGAGAGGCUGUGGAUGCCCCAUCCCUGGAGGUGUUCAAGGCCAGAUUGGAUGAGGCCGUGGGCAGCCUGGUCUGGUAUUAAAUGUGGAGGUUGGUGUCCCUGCGUAUGGCAGGGGGUUGGAGAUUCAUGAUCCUUGAGGUCCCUUCCAACCCUGGCCAUUCUGUGAUUCUGUGAGGUGCUCCAAGCCUUUGCUGUGUCUUUCUUUUGUACCUUCUGUUUAGUUUAUUGGCGUAGAGGGAUUCUGCAUAGCACAGACCUGGGGUAUCCUGAGCUCAGAUGCAGGCAGACUGAAUCCUGUAUUGGAUAAUAGGAAGAAGUGGCAAAAUUCAGUAUCUUGUAUGGUGUUCUUGCAGUAAGUACCAUAAAAAGGGGCAGGUUGCUAUGGGUAAAAACUUGAAGUGCAUUUCUCCCCAGAAGGUUUUCUCUUGGAUUUCUUAUGUAUAACCUUGGAAUUCACACAACUCUGCAUCUUUCACAAAGAAAAAUAAAAAUGGUUUGUGUAACAUGCUUGCUGGUGUUUACAGCUGUAGAUAAAGCCUUGAUGUGGUUUUAGAAUAUAGAUGCCAGUUCAGAAGUCUGAGCCUCUGGAGGCUUGCUUUUUCCCCAUGUGAGCUGCUAAGUGAUCUUGCAAAGCUCUGCUAUUUUCUCUCGUGGGAAAUUAACUAUUUCGCUUCCUUUAACACAAGAGCAAGUCACAUGCUUUUUUUUGUGAGUUUGCAGUAUCUCAGUCAGCCUACGACUGUCCUAAAUAAAGCAAUUCCUAUCUUCUGUUACCUCGCAUACUGUAUUACUGGAUUGUAUCAGAAGUGCUUUUCAUCCAAAUUCAACCCAGGCUGGAUGUGGCUCUGGGCAGCCUGGUGUGGUGCUUGGUGACCCUGCACAUAGCAGGGGGGUUGAAACUACGUGAUCUUUGUGGUCCUUUGCAACCCAGGCCAUUCUAUGGUUCUAUCUUGUAACUUGCCUUUAUGCUUGGCAUGUCUUUGAUAAUACCCAAGAUGGAUAUUCUUUCCUUGCUGAAAUUCAGCUCAGGUGUCACUCUGAAAUUUGGAGCAGUCAGUGAACUCAGUGCAGCUCCCCAUUGCUAACCGACUCAGGAGCAGGAAGUGGACAGCUUUGCUGCUUGCUUGCUUUGCUGCCCAUCCCUGGAGGUGCCCAAAGCCAUGCUGAAUGAUGCCCUACGCAGCCUGAGGUGAUGGGAGGCAGCCAGCCCAUGGGCGGGCAUUGGGGCUGGGGGAGCUUUUAAGGUCCCUUCCAACCUCAGCCAUUCCAUGAUUCUGUGAAGUGGAGAAGUUUUUCUAGCCCAGCAGUCUGUAUGCUGUGUUCCAGGCUCUUCCCUGCUGAGAUGGUCUGGUCUUUUAGAAGGUGCAAGUGCAUCACCUCUCUGCCUGACCCAGCCUUUUACACUACAGUGCUCCUCUUGUUCCUGUGCUGUCUGAUUCAGUUGUUUGUCACCAUCUCCAUGGCAUUCAAGCGUCUGCUAGUGACAACCGCUUACUGAAUGAGAGCAUUCAACUCUGAACCUCAGCCUCUGCACUUAGAGGGAUGGCGGCCUGUGGUCCCUGGUCAGCGGAAAUGAAAGUUCCAAUCUGCUCUGCUGAAUGGUGGGUUGGCUUAUUCUUCAAAAGAAAGCAAAGAAGCAGCAGUUUGUGACUUCUGUUACGCUGUGGUGGAUGCUCUUCCCUGAGCAGAACGUAUGGAAAGUAGCGACAGAUGUCUUUGAUGAGAGAUUCUCUAUAUGAACGCUACGGGAUUGCUCUUCCACUCACCUUUGCCAUUUUCACUUAUUUUCCAGUAGAAAGAGGCUGCUUGCUCUUUCAAGUCUUCCAUCUGAGGUUAAUAUGAGGCAAAAACCACUUGGCAGACGAACAAUGAAGAGCAUAGGGAGAGAGAGCUGCCUUCCCUGAGAUGUGUGUGUUCUAAAAUGGGAAGGAGUCCAGCUUUCCUCGAACCUCAGUGACAUGAGAGGAGUGCAGGGCAGGAUGCCCUCACAGAACUGUGCCGGUAGAACUCCACCCUGCAGGAAGCCCUGUUAUUCUUACACCAGAAUCCCUUUCCCCUCUGAAUUUCCCUGGUUCAGUACUGUGCUUUUGGAAACAAGUCUAUUUCCCUGUUGGUUUCUGGGGACAGAAGAAAAAGGAAGAUGUGUUCUUUCCAGCUCUCUAAGAGCAAACCUUUCAGAAUACCUCAGGGGCCACCGUCAGCUUUAACUCAGUAGGAAAGUGGGACAUCCACAAAUGCAGAGCUGCCCUGGAUGCUUCCAGAUUGUCUCUAGCUUAGAGGAGGCUGAGAGAAAGCUCUUAGCUGGAUGCAUGUAGUUGAUCAGUUGUUUAACCUUCUUUUUUAUAGGACUCCAGCUCUCUGCUGGUAGAGAAGGGGAUUUAUCAAUUCUUUGAGGCCUUGCUCUCACUUUGGAUGAAGGUGGAGGAAUUAACGCAGGCCGUUUUUGGGGUGGGAACCAUACAGGGUGCUGCAGAAAGGGCUCAUUCUCCUGUCAAGGCUGAGAAGGUGUUGAGAGUGUGUUUUGAGUGCCUCACAGAAACCUGCUGCUCCUAUUUACAGUGAAUUGGGAGUGUGUGGCAUGUGAGCUCUGCGCAAGCGCAGGAAGUGCCAGCUAUGUUUAAUUAGUGGCAGUGAAGGAGGUGUGUGAGCUGGUUGAGGGAAAGGUGGGUGGGAAGCCUGAAGAUCCUCUGCGAGGUGGGCAGCAGGUAUUUGGAGAAAGGAGAGAUGUGUGGGCACACUCCUGCAGUUCUGUAACCAAGUUGCAGGUUUGCUGGACGUGCAUUUGUGCCGGCCCUGAGUGGCUGGACUUGCGCUGAAGGAAACAACAACACAAACCCUGCUCCUCACAGUGUGAGAAACAUUCGUGUCCCUGCUAUCCUGAUUCCUCAUCUCUUUGCUGCUUGGAAUGUCGUGAAAGCCCCCUGUUAGGAGCUCUGAGGUUGGUGAUAUCUUUAUUCUUUGGGACACACCGUGUGUGUUUUGUGGUGGACUGCUCUGACCGGGACCCACGAAGGUGGUAUUACCUUCAGCAUUAGAGUUUUUCCUUCUAGUGGAAGCAGUAAAGAGCAGCAAAUUGAGCGUGCUGCUGUAUGCCAUACAUCUGAACCAGAGCUUGUCUGGCUCUUUAUUCUCCUGUACCCUUGUGGGCCUGUGGGUUUGCAAAUGGAGGAGCUUGGGGUGGUUGGGUGACAUUAAAUGCAAGUCUCAGACAGCAGACAUUUGUGGAGACGGAGAUUAAUGAACAAAGUGUUCAGCAUGGAGGGCAAGAAGAGGAAAUGAGGCUUUGUGGGACUCGAACUUCUGGCAUGACGCUUAAUGAAAGCCGGAUAAGAAGUUGUUCUGUAUUUUGAGGCUGUGCUGCAGAACCACGGAGGUGAAAUAACAGAUCUGUUCUGAGGCUGCUAUUAAUGACCGGUCUCUCAGAAAUAUUUCUUGUGUCAAGAGGGUAGAAGGAAAUUCACUAUAUCCUCUGAAAUGAGAGCGUGCGCGUUCAUGUAGAGUAAGUUGUAUGACAUCUCCUGGGUGCGUGGAUGCUUCUGUUAGCUGCCCAGACUGAGGCAGGUUGCCUGGGUGAGCAGGGAGAAGACGGAGUUGCUUAAGGGAAUGUGGAAGUUUGCAGCACUGCAUGUCUUGUUCUCUGAGCUCAUUAUCCUCUAAGACACUAAUGAUGUGCAGUGGACAAGCUAAUGGCCUGUAUGUCCCAAGAUGCCAUAAUAUUUAUCCACUGGAAACUUUUGCUUUUCCAGUUGCUUCUCUAGUUAACUCUUAAUUUGUUAUAGACAGAAGAUGACUUGACAUCAGUGUAAUGGAUGGGAUUUUAAUUGAACAGAAGAUGGCAAAAUACAGAAGGCUCUUGUCUUGCUUCCCACCUGUGUGUGCAGGAAAUGAGACCUCACCUGUGUGACCUCAGCAGUAGGUGGGAAGGCAUGCUUGUUGGAACUUAACAGAGUUAAGCAGAACGGGGAGAAAUGGUACUUGUUGCUUUUGCACACAGAUUGAUUGCAUUUCAUGUCGCUGUUCUGUAUGUCGCGGUCGUGAAACGAAUUUCUUUGAGUGCAAAUGCAGAAAAGGGUAUGGCUAAAGGAAUCAGGAACCUUUUCACUUCAAAUUACUUGAUUUAUGACAUGAAAACUGCCAUGUUCACAUGGAUUUGCUUUGCAAACCGUCCGACUGGAAGCUACCUGGUGUGAUGCCAGAACACUCCCUUUGGCAAGCAUGAGAAAAUACAGCUCUUCAGCCUCUGCUCUGAACCACGAGGGCUAAACACUCCUGAGGAAAGAGCGAGUUGAACUUUCAACAGGCUUCGUUUGGCUAACAUGCUUGAUUUCCUUCCUCAAAUAUUAAACCUUUUGGGUGGGGCGUGUGAGUGAACCCCCUGAUCCUUUUCCUGGUGUGGACUGCUUGGUCGUGCCUGUGUGCUCAUGCUCGCAGCUUUUGCUUUGACAGGAGGAGCUGCAGAUUGGUCUCCUGCUGCUGGAAGUGCCAGACCCCAAACUGGGCAGUGCCGGAGGGCAGCAUGCUGGAACUCUUGCUCAUCACAGCCCAGAGAACCAGGAGAUCCUGCGUUCCAACAGCGUGCCUGCUGGCUUCCUUGUGCUUUAGGUGAAGGUCGUGAUGGUUGCUUAGCUGCCUUGUGCCCACCCAAUUACCUCUCUACAGGAGUUUCCCUGAAGUGGCUGCUUGGUAAUGAAGUUUUUGUUUAAAUUCUUAGGCUUUUGGAGAAGGUAAAAAUGGCAGGUGCCAAAUAAUCGAGGAGGAUAAGAGGAAGGUCUUUGACUCAGUGACCCUCCCUUUCUGGAGGGAGCAGGAGUGGAAGAAAAGUGUUAUCUUUAGCUCUUCUUCAAAUAUGCAUGAUGUUCCUGCUGCAGAGAAGCAAGGCUACUAACACUUCAUCUGAUAUUUCUGCUACUGGGAGAAGAGAUGAGGUUGGAAGCAGUUGUGGCUGUUAGGUUCCUAUGGGAACAGAUAGGAUAUGCAAGGGCUUGAGUUCUCAAAUCUAAGGGGAUUUGUCAAGAAAGGUGGGGAAAAGAUUGCAUCUUUGAUUGGAAUGGGAAACAAGUAUAAUGCAUCCUCCUCGCCCUAACCGUAGUAUUUCUCAGCUGAACAGAUAGGAUUUCGUGCAGUGUCCCCCAGGCUGCCUCGCUGCUCGUGGCCGCAGAGUUGAUGACAAGGUGGACAACGAGAUGCACGAGCCUGCUGUCCUAGGUCAGCAGCUCAGUGCCCUUAGCAAGUGGGGGGCAGCAGGAAGGCUGCGCGUUUCUGCUGGGUGAGAGCUCAGGCACCCCACGUAGGAGUGGUGCUUGGGAAGCAAGGUUAGCAACCUGAUCUGAACGAAUGUUCCAGAUGAAAUACUUCUGAUUCAAUUUCUACCUCCCACUUAAAGCAGAGCUCACGUUCAGGGCAGAGAUGGCUGUUUGGUGUCCACUGUACUGAGCUGCUGCCUACUGUUCAAAAUGCAGGACUUUGCCAUGCUCCUGUCCCUGCUCAUGCUAUUUUUCAGCUCAGUUCAGUGCAAGACGUGCACCUGCCUAGGGAUAGUGCCUUCCUGGCUCCUGCUCAGCACCAGUGGCUCUUUUAGAGAGAGAAUUUGGUGGCUUUUGCAGUUUGUCAAGGCUCAGGGAAAGAAGGUGUUUGGAUAUUAAAAUGGAUCCUUUCAUGUGAGUAAAACCCAUCAUUUUGCACUUAUAAAGUCCACUUUGAUGUUGCUUUCACACAUGCAUAAUUUUUGAGCUGCACAUCCUGUUUCUUUGACCUGUAGCAAAGUCAACACGAUUUGGCCCAUGAGCAAAGGCAGUGGCGUGGCUCACACCUGACUCUGAGCUGCAGGGGAGUGCAGGGGUGUUCGCUCCUCUGUGCUCAGUGGGAACGCUGUCAUUUCCUUGUAGUCCUUAUGCUUUAUGUUUUACCCGCACCAUAAAAUGCAAUUUGAGUUAUGUGUACAGAAAAGCUUUUGAGUGGUUUGUUUAAAGGAUAGCUCUGCCUUCUCUGCAGCCUUAUGCUAAGGGCACCUACUGAAGACUUGGAGCAAUUUAAAGAAUGUGACUUCAGCUUCUGGGUGGAGGGAGGAAAAACUCACCCUAAAAAUACUGUUCUUAACUUUGCAACAAUCAGCAGCAAAUCUCGUCAGAUUACCCUGAAGCUGGCAUGUCCUGAAGCUGUAGGCACUUGAAGGAAAACUGGAGGUGGCUGUGUGCUUGUGGCACCUGCUCUGGUGUCUGGCAGGGAUGGAUGGCACAGGGGUCACCGCAGCCCUGCUGGCAGUGUGAGCAGAACUUGAUGCCUGGGUGCUGUGUUAAGGUGGCUGGCUGUGCUGACUCAGUCAUUGACUUCUUUCCUUCUCUCCUCCUGUCUGACGUUUUAUUUCUGGAUUCUUUGACUUCUGCCCUGAGAACAUUACUGUUUUCUAACUCUAUCCAACCAACGGUAUUGGAAGGUUUAUCCUAUAACCUAACAUGCCUUAGAAACCAAAUCUCCUGCUUCUUUCCUACAUGGAAAUGCAUACACUUCCUAUUUUCUUCUGUUGGUUCUCUCCCUGGGUAAUUAGGGGAAAGAAUGGGAGUAUUAGGGGUGAGGAAGGAGAGGGGAGAAGACAUGUGCAGCUGCCCGUGUUGCAAACGGAUGUGCGGGUGUGCGAAGGUGCUGGGGUCAUUCUGGUGCCCUUUAUGUACUUCUUUCCUUCUCCAGAUCAACUUCACUUUGGUGGCUGGAACAUCCUUACAGUUUCAGUGGUGCCGGGAGAGAUCACUGAGCUGUCAGUGAAUUAUUUAUGGUAUCAUAAAGCCACCACUUAUGGCAUCGUAAAGCCAUCAUAUAGACCACCCUUCAGAAAGGGUGGUCAGGCACUGGAAUGGACUGCCCAGGGAGGUGGUGGAGUCACCGAGCCUGGGGGUGUUCAAGGAAAGACUGGAUGUUGUGCUGAGGGACAUGGUUUAGUGGGAGCUAUUGGGAAUAGGUGAACGGUUGGACUGGAUGAUCUUUUAGGUCUUUUCCAACCUUAGUGAUUCUAUGAUCAUUCUACCAGUAGUUUUGUUCCAGAGCGAUCAUUCUGGCCUACUGGUGUGACUCUUUCAACUGACUGUUUUGAAUGUUGUGCAUCCUGAGAUGUACAAAAUAACUGGGUGUUCGUAUGAAUAGUGAUGCUAACAUGUACAAAUGAGUUGUUGAUUCUCUUGCUUCCAACCAUAAACUGAUCACUAACUGGUUCUGAUGAUGAUUUCCCCAUGCAGUGAAGUUACUACAAUAUUUUGCAGUGUUACUACAAUUGUCAAAGAAGGAAAGGAGUGUGGAAAACUGAGCUGCCUGAUAGCUCCCUGCAGCUAAACAGAGGGAAGAGACCGAAGAGAAGCAAGCAUGUUCUCCUGAGGUCACCACAGCUUGGCAGCCCGAUGCCAGAAGCCCGGGUAUUGGACUGGAGGAAGGAACAUGAAGAGCUGUGAGAAGAUACCCGGCGUCCAGCUGCAGUUGUCCUGUGAUCUGUUGGUCUGAAGUUUGGAGAUUAACUGUGUUGCUACUGACGUGAUGAGGAAGAACCUUGGUGAUACUGGGGCCGUAGGGUGAGGUUGUUCUCGCCUCGUUCUCCCUCAGGGGAGCCUGGGGGCUGUGGUCACAGGAACGGCUCUGAACCAGCACCAGAACUGGAGGGUGUAAAUUGCCAGGCUGUGAGGUUGAAGAUGGUGCAGGACUGCUGAGAGCAAUUUCUACCUGAGCGAGAUGUGUCUGGAGUGAGAGCCUAAAAGGAAUGAUGUGAGCAAGGAACAUGUGCAGCUGGGAAGCAUCUUGAUGCUUCUGCUGCCCGAGGAAGGGAGCUCUGAAGAAACAUUGGGGAGGAAAAAGCACCUGCGUUGGGCCAGAUAGCUGCUCUGCUCUUGUUCUCAAAAUGCUGUGACCAACACCGCUGCAUUUCCAAGGAUGCAGUCAUGGCAGCAUUUAUGAUGUAAACUGGUGGGCUGUGCAGGUAAGUGCUUGUCCUGUGGAUGGAUCUGAGAGACCAUCUUAUAUAUUUUGAGUGUUUGUGUCCUGGUCUAACCUAAUCACGUUAGUUCUGUACCCGUGUCAUUGUCACUGUAGUGUGGUGGCCCUCUGGUGAGGGAGCUGUGUCUGAAGUGUGCCAAGCCCCAGGAGGAUCUCCGAACCUUUCCUUUCUCAGACCUUGUGGCUUUGUCUCCUGGCUCUAGCAUUGCUUCUCACUUUAUUUCCUUCUCCUUGGAAAAUAGAGCACAAAGGAGAAUCGAAAUCUGCUGCUGCUUGAUAGCGCUCAUCCUCUUCUGGUGUACCGUGUAGUUUGUCUUCCUGUUCCAACUUCUUCUACCUCUUGUGUGCCUUGUUGUAAGAUGCUCUGAGAUCUUCCCAUCCAGGGAAGGCACUUGUCAAAGGUGCAGAUGUUUUUCUUUCAGCUGUCCACAGCUUAUUCCUGCUGUUCUUUGCUAAUGGUUGUUAGGGGUAAGUUGCACAGGGGAGUUGUAUGGCAACAGAUCUUGUUCAUGCUGUAUGCUGGGUCCUUCAGGAGGUGCUGGAGAAGAGAUGUGCUCCCGUGUGUGCAGACAGCCAACACCUGGCCAAUUUUGAAACACUUUGCAAGGAUGAAACCACAUUGUCCACUUCAAUCAGCAAGCAAGGAACAAUUCCCAGAUUGUGAGAAUCCAAGCUCAGGAACUGGAAGAGCUCCCUUGAGGCCUUUGAAAAGGGCUGGCCAAGGACCAGUAAAAUUUGUUCCAAGUUCUGAUUGAUGAUUUCCAUCAAGUACAGUAAGUGCUUAUGGAAAGGCGUGCUCAAUGGGAACAAGAGGUUUCUGCAAGCUGCAGGGGUGAUGACACAAGCCUGUGUUGCUUAUGGGGUGUGCUUGUUUGAGCUUCAGGUUGGGGAGAGCUGCUGGGGCUGGAGGUGCUGCUUUUCCAGGGGAAGGGUUUGCAUUUUAUGAAGCAGCACUCACUGAAGGAUCAGGAGCUGUGUGGUUCAUCGUGCUGAGUGUCACUUUUGGUCACCUGAAGUUGACAGAAAUUGUUAUUGUACAAUAAAAAAUAUGUUUUGGCACCUGCAAGAAAUACAGAGAGCUUCAAGAGCUCCAAUAAGCAGGAGAAGGUGAAGAAGCGCUGGCAUGCUUACAAGGGACAGAACGUGGUUCUGCUGAUGUGAGGAGACAGGGAAAGUUGUAUGGCAAUGUGGGAAGCGCUCACAACUGCAAUCCUGAGCGGUGGCAUUCCAGGUCAUGUGCCCAGUGGCAUCACAUCCUGUGCUUUGCAGGACUGGCAAGUGACCCAGGGGAGGCUGAGCAGCACCAGGACGGGUGGUGGAGGUGGGGAUGCAGCACUGUGCAUCCAGAGGGCUCACAGGAAGCCGGUGUUGGGCUGUGCCCUGGGUGGCUGUGCGAGCCUGGAGCCGGCCCUGCUGCUGGGGUCAGUGCGGGUGGGCUGCUGUGGUACAGGACCUGCACACAGCCCUUUUCCUUUGGCUGCGUUCAGCUUGUUCUUGUGUACCUUCGUCUGAGGCGAAUGUCAGAUGUGAUGGGAUGUUGGAUUAGGCUAAAUCUCUGAGAUUUAGCUGGAAUGUUGUCUCGCUGUAGCGUUUUUCUCCCUUGCUCUUUUCUCUAAGGCUUCCCCUACAGACAGCUAAUUCUCCCCUUCCCCCACAUCCUGUCGGACCCCAGAGCAUGUCACAAGGAAUUAGCGGCUGAAAAGGCCAGCGGAGGCUGCUCCUCUGGAACAGGCUCUCCUUUCUGAGCCCAGGCCGGCCCCUCUGUGUGCCCGCUUUGUGUCCCGGCCAGCUCCCCUCCCCCCUGGCUAUUCAAUGCAUGCCAGAGCUGAGGCUGAGCCCCGGCACCUUCCCAGCGCUGCUGCCCUGUGCCAUCUUUCGGGGCCCAGGGGCUUCCCGCAGAGCCAGAGAUGUGCCACAGGAGGAGAUGAACCUUCCUUCCCGUCUCCGUGCCGCUGGCAGCGUCGCCCGCUUUCACUCCAGCUCCUUCCCACAAUUCACAUACAAUCUCCUUAGAAUAGAGAUGAUGUCACUUCCUUCUAGAGGGUGCCGGGGUGUGGAAUGGGGAGUCACGACCCCCCUGGGCUUGGUGGCUCUGGCAGGAUAAAUGAGGUGGCUGCCCAGGAGGGAGGGAGGAGUUGCUGUGAGAACGAUGCCCAGCACUGUGUGCAGGCAGGCGCUGUGCUGUGCUCCCCUUUGCUGGCUGGGAUUUUCAGUGACUGCAAGAAGAAUUUGCUGCUCCCUCCCUCACUCAUGAUGCCCGCCUCUGUGGAUCUGCACUUUUCCUGCGACAUCCUUACGGGAGAGAAGAAUACCAAACGGCUAGACCGCAGGCCAUGGCCAGUGUGAGCACAAAGGAGAUGUGGAGCUGGCAGGAUUCUUCUGCGCAACUUGUGGCUAAGUGAGAGAUCACCUGGGAGUUUGCUCCCUCAGCUGAGGUGAGCAUCGUGCCUGCUGACCUUUCUCAGACCCGCUAGCCAUGCCAGGGAUUGUCGUGUUCCGCCGUCGCUGGUCUGUGGGCAGCGAUGACCUCGUUUUGCCAGCAGUCUUCCUCUUCCUCCUGCAUACCACCUGGUUUGUGAUCCUCUCCGUGGUGCUCUUUGGGCUGGUGUACAACCCCAAUGAGACCUGCUCGCUGAACCUGGUGGACCAUGGCAGAGGCUACCUAGGCAUCCUGCUCAGCUGUAUGAUCGCAGAGAUGGCAAUCAUCUGGCUCAGCAUGCGAGGCAGCAUCCUGUACACUGAGCCCCGAGACUCCAUGCAGUAUGUGCUCUAUGUCAGACUGGCUAUCUUGGUGAUUGAGUUUGUGUAUGCUAUUGUGGGCAUCAUUUGGCUAACGCAGUACUACACUUCCUGCAAUGAUAUCACCGCAAAGAGUGUCACUUUGGGAAUGGUGGUGUGCAACUGGGUUGUCAUCCUGAGUGUCUGCAUCACCGUCCUGUGCGUCUUCGACCCGACAGGCCGGACCUUUGUCAAACUGCGGGCCACCAAGCGGAGGCAGCGCAACCUGCGGACAUACAACCUGCGACACCGCCUGGAGGAAGGGCAGGCCAGCAGCUGGACACGCCGCCUCAAGGUUUUUCUUUGCUGCACACGGACAAAGGACUCUCAGUCGGAUGCCUACUCUGAAAUCGCCUACCUUUUCGCCGAGUUCUUCCGAGACCUUGACAUCGUCCCAUCUGACAUCAUUGCAGGCCUGGUUCUUCUGCGCCAACGGCAGCGGGCAAAGCGCAACGCCGUGCUGGAUGAGGCAAACAAUGACAUUUUAGCUUUUCUGUCUGGGAUGCCAGUGACCAGGAACACAAAGUAUCUGGAUCUGAAAAAUGCGCAAGAGAUGCAGCGAUACAAAGAGGUGUGUUACUACAUGCUGUUUGCCCUGGCUGCCUAUGGCUGGCCCAUAUACCUGAUGAGGAAGCCCACAUGUGGACUCUGUCACCUGGCCAGAUCCUGCUCGUGUUGCUGUCUCUGUCCCUCACGUCCCCGCUAUGCACCCAGUGUCACCAUUGAAGAGGAUAAUUGCUGUGGCUGCAAUGCCAUUGCCAUCCGGCGCCACUUCUUGGAUGAGAACAUGACCUCGGUGGACAUUGUUUACACUUCUUGCCACGAUGCGGUUUAUGAAACUCCUUUUUACGUGGCUGUGGACCAUGAGAAGAAGAAGGUGGUCAUUAGUAUCCGAGGAACUCUGUCUCCAAAAGAUGCCCUGACUGACUUGACUGGGGACGCAGAGCGCCUUCCAGUUGAGGGUCACCAUGGAACCUGGCUGGGACAUAAGGGAAUGGUGCUGUCUGCUGAGUACAUCAAGAAGAAACUGGAGCAAGAGAUGGUGCUUUCUCAAGCCUUCGGACGAGAUUUGGGGAGAGGAACAAAACACUAUGGCCUGAUUGUGGUUGGCCAUUCCCUAGGGGCUGGCACAGCUGCCAUCCUGUCCUUCCUCUUGCGUCCACAGUACCCAUCACUGAAGUGCUUUGCUUAUUCUCCCCCUGGUGGGCUGCUGAGUGAGGAUGCCAUGGAAUAUUCAAAAGAGUUUGUGACUGCAGUCGUGCUUGGCAAAGAUCUAGUGCCCAGAAUUGGUCUCUCUCAGCUGGAGGGAUUUCGCAGGCAGCUUCUGGAUGUUCUUCAGAGAAGUAACAAACCAAAGUGGCGGAUCAUUGUGGGUGCUACCAAGUGCAUACCCAAGUCAGAGCUUCCUGAAGAGACUGAGGAGAACUCGGUAACGAGCAACCGCCUCUGGACCCACCCCAGUGAUCUGACCAUCGCCCUGUCUGCCAGCACGCCGCUCUACCCACCUGGCCGCAUCAUCCAUGUGGUGCACAAUCAUCCCGCAGAGCAGUGCUGUUGCUGUGAGCAAGAGGAUCCCACUUACUUUGCUAUCUGGGGUGACAAUAAGGCAUUUAAUGAAGUGAUCAUCUCACCAGCAAUGUUGCACGAACACCUCCCAUAUGUGGUCAUGGAAGGGCUCAACAAGGUCUUAGAGAAUUACAACAAGGGGAAAACAGCCUUACUUUCUGCAGCGAAAGUGAUGGUGAGCCCUACAGAAGUGGAUCUCACUCCAGAGUUGAUCUUCCAGAGCCAGCCCUUGCCUAGUGGACCCUCUGUGCAGAUUGGAACUGGAGCCCUAACAGCGGACAGAAGGAACAGCAGUACAAAGAGCAAGUCCCAUUCUGAAAUCAGCUUGGAGGGGUUUUAUGAGACAAAGCCACUUUCUCCUGUGCAGAAAGACCCUGUGGAGCUUCUUCUCCUGGACACAAAGGAACGUCUGUCUGUGGAGCUGCAGGACCGCCGUGCCCCUCUGGCGACCAUGGAGAGCCUCUCUGACAACGAAUCCAUCUACAGCUUCGAUUCGAGGCGCUCCUCUGGUUUUCGGAGCAUCCGAGGCUCCCCCAGCCUCCACGCUGUCAUGGAGAAGGAUGAGAUGCACUGCUUUUAUAUAGACCCCGCUAUCCCUGAGGAGAACCCCUCCCUCAGCUCUCGGACAGAGCUGCUGGCUGCUGAUAGCCUCUCCAAGCACUCCCAGGAGACUCAGGCUCCCGACAACGCACUCAACAGCGGUGGCACCACCCCUCAGCGGCGCUGCAGUGAGGAAGGGGCCAGCAGCGAGGGGGACCGCGUUUCCUUAGCCCCUCGUGAGGAGCUGGCCCUCCAGAAUGGACGGCUCACCGAUGUCCCCAGUCCGCAGGUGCUGGAAUUUGCUGAGUUCAUAGACAGCCUCUUUAAUUUGGAUAGCAAAAGCAGCUCUUUCCAGGACAUCUACUGCAUGAUGGUAUCAGAUAGCUCCAGUGACUUUGUGGAGAUGCCCAAGUCUGUUAGUGAUCAGGAGAUCCUGUUGAGAGCACAGUAUGAACCCAACUUAGUCCCAAAGCCCCCGAGGUUGUUUGCAGGCUCAACAGAUCCUUCGUCGGGCAUCUCUGUCUCACCUUCCUUCCCCCUUAGUUCAUCUGGAGAGCUCAUGGACAUCACUCCCACAGGCGUGAGCAGCCAGGAGUGCUUGGCCACUGACAAAAUCCGGACUUCCACCCCCACUGGGCACGUAACCAGCCCUGCCAAGCAGGAGGACCUCAUGAUUUCGGCCCUCUAGUGCAGGGUAAAGGGGUGCGGCUCUGAGAGCUGAUCCCAUAGGCUGAGUGCUGGGAUAAUACUCGGAGAGGAGGUGGUCGUCAGGCAGUUGGAAUUGGUGGAGACAGCUGGAAACAUUCCUUCUGGGGUGACACGGUGGUGGCACGCCGUCUGGAGGAUGGAUUGUGCUCGAGUACCAUGCUUAUUGCUGGGAGAAGCAUUGCCUCACAAGGCCUGCUACACUGAGAGGGUCUGAGUCACUAAAGGUAGAUGCAAGUUCCCUACCUCAGCCUGUCUCAUUCCAUGUAAGAGGCAGAUUCCUUGCCCCAGGGCACCUGCUGAGUUUGGGAGUGAGAUACCCUGCUCCAGGGAAUUCUCAAGGGCAAAGGGGUAGAAGUUUGAGAGUUGGAUAGACAGAAGCAAGGGGGGCAGGACAGAUUCCCGCCUCUCCCCUCCCUUGGUAACAUUUCAGUGGUUUUGGAAAUGAACGGAUUGAGACUUUGGGCCCUGUUGCACUACCAUGUCAGAUCUGGCCCAAGAUCCAAUUCGUCACACUUCCAUGGGGAUUGCCUUCCUGGGACACUCUCCUCUUUUAAAGCCAUUGGGGCUGUAUUCUCCCCAAAUGCAGUCUCCCCUUCCCUGGCCAGGUGCAGCAAGAAUUGGGCUGGCACUGUGUUAUCUCUCCCCUGAGUACUUCUGUGUUCAAUGACUGCCAGGCUGCUCCUGAGAGGAACGGAAACUGCUCUGAAAAGCCCAAAGCCCUCUGCCAUGUCUCUCCUUCACCAGAAAAGGUUCUCCUGGACAUCACCGUCAUCACUCGGUGGCCUGGACUGCUCUGAGCUGGCGAUGCUUCUGCAGGACUGACAGCAUUCUCAUCUCAGAGCUGCACGGAUGGAUCGACUUAAAGAUUCAAAUGGCUCAUCGACACCCAGCGUUGCUUCCUAGGCACUCUAGGAUCCCCUCCUGGACCCUGCCAGGUCCUCAUGCUACCCAUAUGCAGUCAUCACAGAUCAGUGCCAGCCGCUGUCAUUGGGAGUUCAGGGAAAAGAUGAACUUUUACUAAGUAUUGGAACCUCUUGUAUGUUUACAAAGCUGCUGAGCUUUUGGAAGGUAUUUAUUAAGCAAACAGGGAGGCUCUCUCUAGGCAAAAAGUAUAUUCGUUCUCUCCUCCCUGCGCCAUUCCCUCUGGAGGCUGAGGGGAGAGAGGGUAAACAGGUAUGCUCACAAAUCUCCUGCUUUAGAAGCAGGGUGGGGUGAUGGGGGGCGUUUGGCUCUGAGUCUGGGGGGAGCUGAGUCUCUCGCCCGUUCUCCCUGAUGCACAAUGUGUGACAAAGCUCAACCAAGUCAUUAGUGGGAGUACCUAGCGCUGCUGUGCAGAGCUUCCAUGCCCAGAGGAGCCUGCUGGAGCUACCCAAGUAGGGUAUCUCCAUGGUUUGAAGCAGGAAAGAAAUUACCAAUCUAGAAAGUUGAACAUACUGUGACCUUGUGCAAUCCUUGUGCAACUGAAGAACGUUUUCAGCGGAGUUACCAAUGCAGUCUCAUUGGAGCUGUGUCCUCCCUCACUGGAAAAGAAAUUCCUCUUUUAACUUCCUUCUAACACUAGGGAUGUGACUCCCUCCUCCUUAGCUGUGGUAUUACCAAUGUAGGAAGAUGCUGCGCUUCCCAGGAGCUUGGUUUGCAACAGUUCCUGGGCUCCUGUGUUCCCUUAGGCUCUGGCUGUGCUCACCAGCAGCCCUGGUCAUGGCUCAGGACUGUGCUGCCCUGGAUGCAGCACAGGGAGCACAGCGGUGUCAAAUACUGUCACAUCAGAGCAGGAGCACUUUAUAGCUGCUGUGUGUUGAUGUCAGUAACUUCAGGUGCACAGAAAUGAACUGGACUUUGUCCAAGUGCUGCUCUCCUGCUCCAUUUCGUGUAGGAUUCUGUAUCCCCCUGCUCUUUAAAAAUUACAGGGCCCUUAGAAAUGCAGGGCUUUUGUUCAAACGGGCAGUAAAAUGUUGUCCCUGUGCGUUAGAUCCCAGAGGGGACCUUUUCUAUACAGUCUUGAUUUGGUGGGAAGAACCCCCUCUGAAUUAGCUGUAAUCUGUAAAAGAUAAAAAAAAACACUUUGUUCCGAGCAACAAGUUGUUUGUUUUGCUAGUCCUUCAGAACACAGAAGUGUUCCCCUUGCUGGGAGGUGAUGGCUCAGGAGCUCAUACAGACAGCUGUGUAAGUGCCAUCAGAUCAUCCACCAUUGCAGACCACAGGGGAAGGCUGACUUGUGCAGGUAGUCAAGAAGCACUGCAAGGGUGAUGUCCAGAAAUGGGCACAUGGGUAGCUGUGAGGGGAAAGGGAGCUGAAGCACAGGGAGCCUGAGGCUAGCAGGCUAGCUCACCUCCUGGUGCAGACUGCUGCCAUGCACAUACAGUGGGGAAAGGACUUUGCUUCUGCCUUUAGUUGUUGGCAGAAAGUGGGUAGUAAAAACACUUAGCACUUCGGCAGAGCUUUAUAUCUGCAAAGCACUUUACAAACAUGAAGAAAAGAAUCACCUCUGUCCCUGGCAGCGAGCUAUUAGGAGAUGUCUCUUUGAGACUGGGUGGAACUACUGGUGCCCUAUCUGAGGGAUGGUGAGGAGAUGAUGCAAGCUGAGAAAGGUGGAUAACUUCCCUCUUAAGAACAAGUUGUUUCACUAGUGACCCGAUGCUGAACGGCUCACAGUAUUGCACUAGAAAGUCACUUCUGACCUGGAUACCUCCCAUAUGUCCUGGAAAACAAUCAUGGUGUGACUGUUUCGUUCUCUGUGCCAUUGGAACUGUGUCCUUAGGGAAUGGGAUGACCUUGCCCUGACCAGCUGUAGCAGGAGACAGCCUGGCAUGCUGCAUUUUUUUUUUUUUGCUCUGUGCUCUGUGAUUAUUGGGCUUCUCUGAAAAGCCUGGAAAUGCCUCAUAUUUGUGACCUGGCCUUGCCAUAGACCAAGUCAAGGAGCAAAAGAGCCCUUCUGGUUAACGUUCUGACUGUAUUGCAUUAUGGGUGAUUCCUGUUUUUCCAUUGCUCUGUUGACAAACAGAUCUGUUCCCAGUCCUCACGAAAAGUCCUCACUGAGUAAAUCCACAUUCUUUGCAUUAUUCCUGCUUUCAGUGUCUGAGUGUCUUCAUUCUUAUCACUGCCGUGCUGCAGGAGCCUCUGGACAGGCUGGUCUCCUGUUCUGUCCUGGCAAAGUUGCAGACACAUCCUAAAUCUGUAGCUACAUCACUCAUUUGUACUGCAUACUAUUCUUGCUUUCUCUGCCCUCGCUCUGCUCUGACACACAGCUGUCUUUGGAAACUUGAAGCUGCUUCUGAUUUCUUAAUCUCUCAGCUUCUGGGUCCUGCCCUUAAGCUUUGUGCCUUCCACUGAUGUUUCAGUGGGAUGUCCCACUGCGUGUGGAGGCAGUGCUGGGAGAGCGGUUCAUGGUGCAAUAGCACAUCCUCAAAUCUUCUGUCAGAUUUGCUGGUGCAGGUGUGAAGCUAAGACCACUAAUGUCCAGCCCUGGAACAUCCCCUGCCCCUGUCCUGAAGGUGUUCACAGGAUGCAAGGUAUUUGUCAUCUGUUUUUGCAGCCACAGGCUGCCCUCCAACCCUUGGAAGUGAGUUGAAGGAGGCCUCUUUGAUAAUAUUACAGCGAGUUUUGAUAAUCGAGCCCUUUGCACGUAGUGCUGGCUGAAUUAGGAGGCUCUUCUGCAUGAAUAGCAAUUGCUCUUAUUGUUUUAAUCACAGCAGUACCAACAAAGCAGGGUCCUGCUGUGCGAGUAUGCAGAAGUACUGAACAGAAAGGCAGCUCUUCCCCAGAGCCUCACAUUAUGCCCUGUCCUCCACAGAGCUUCACGUGCGUUUUCUGUAGAGCUGAUAUUUCCUCAUCUCUGUGCUCCCUAUUCCUGUUGCCAGGAGCUACCUCAUUUCUUGGUUACCAUCUCAGGAUGAUGGGGUGUCUUUGUGUGCAUCCUGGGUAGCAUUACCUAAAAAGCUGUCCCUGCAGAUCUUGAGGUGACCCAAAACACGGGUGAAUGGGAUUCCUGAUGCUGUGCAUCGUCCCUGGAUUCCUGUCUUGCUGCACUUCUGUGGCAGAUAAAGCUAUCGAGAAAGGUCAAAGUACUUUUGACACCAGGAGGCUCGGCAGAUGCAUCUCGGCAUCUGUGGCUUUUGCUUACCUGGUUUUUGAUCAAUAUUUUCAGUGUUCGUUCAUAAUUUCUGCAACCUUAAGAACUGUUCAAACCACACAGGAGUUUUCUGAGAUGUUUUGCUUGCUACAGAGGACUGAGGUGGCAAAGCUGGUAGUGAGCAUAGACAUAUAAAUCCAGUGAUCCCUGCUUAUUUGCUUUUAGGAUGUUGUUAGCUGAAGAUCCCAAGCAGGAGCAGGACUGAACUGCUGCUGUCAGUGGACAAGGGCACCUGGAGGGGAAGAGCACCGAGGGUAUGUGUUCCUUGGGACUGUGUGCUCCUUGGAGAUUCUCCUGCUAUGGCAAUCUCUCUUGGCACAUGGUCUCCAGCAGAGGAAACAGAACACAGCUGUUCUGCGUGAAGCCCACAGAACUGGGUGAACAUGGUACUGCUUGGGUUAUUUGACUUUACCAGGUGUCUUUUUGAUUUGUCGCUGCUCCAGGUUCAGUGAUCCCAGCCUCAACGUGCUCUAAAGCUUCUUGUUUUUGAUUAAUACUGCUUCCCUCUUUUAGUCCCUGCUGCAGCCUGUUUUCAGGCUGGCUGAUGAGAUCUGUGCUGUUGAUUUGUAAAAUACUUCUUUUUCAUAUAUUCUUCAUGCACUUACCUCCUAUUAAUUGCUGCCAAAUUGUGCGUGCCAGCAUGUUUAGAGCUUUCCUUUCACAGCUGUUUCCCUGGGAGGACUGGGAUAAGGCAGCUCAGUCUUUACCAGCCCCAAAUCCACAUUUUUUUUUGUCCCUUGUCAUUGUAUUGGCACCCUGCUGCUUGCCCCUUUCCUUCUAUCCAAACAGGAUGCAUGUUACGCUGUCUAUGCAAGCAGUGCCUGGGUUCCUCUAUGUGUUUUACAAUUGAAUAAAUGCGUGUCUAGGUACAGAGAAACUUGCUGGGGUGUCUUUAUCUGAGUUUAUCUAGUGAGCUACAAGCUCCUGCUUGCUUCUGCUGGGUGUCAUGUGCACACAUGAGUGCUGCACACAUUCACCAGUGCUGGCCAUAUCAAAAUCUCCCAAGGACAUUUAAGAUCACUUCUAGCCCCAACAAACCCAUCAGCUUUGCCAUUUGCUUAAUUAUAGAAUGAUAUAAUUGGGUUGGAAGGGAUCUUAAAGAACAUCUAGUUCAGCCCUUUUGGUGAGGGAGCUUAAAAGCUCUUCCAGCUUUCCUCCCGUCUGUAGCAUUGCACUUCUUUCUGCUUAGACAGUUGAAGUCUGAGAUCCCCUCCAUGCAGUCACUUGUUUCUGAUCCCUUCUUCUCUUUCAGUUCGCCCCACCAAAUGUGGAUUUUUGCCGAGCUGUUUUUUAACUAUUCUGCUGCCAACAGAACUCCUCUGCGCUUUAGGAAGCCCGCAGAUGAAUUGUGUGAUCCUCUUUCUAGUUGACAAAGCUUAGGGUGGGUAAAUUUUUGUUGGCUGAAUUCUUCCUUAGUAGCUCUAGAGAAGUAAUACGUUAAAGAAGUACAAAGAGGUGGAAGGAAAAUGAGUAGAAUAGCCGACACUUUGAACCUAAAAGCUCACAUUUAGAAGAGAGAUUUGCUUCCUGGCAGGUGAGGUGUCAGUUUCAGAGCUGGAUUUAGGCAAGAAGUGCAUCUCUUGUGCCAAAGCUCCCCCUCAUGGUGCUGCCGCAUUGAGGAGGCUGUGCUCCAUGUCGAAGGGGAAGUGUGAGAGGUGCCAGUGCUCAAGCAAUACCCUUUCCCCCUUGCUAGAUCAGGAGUGAGCAGUGUUCCCUCCCAGGGGCAGUCCGUGCCCCUGGGAGGCCUGCAGUUCCAGCUCAGAGUAGGGCCUUUGCUGCCCAGCCAAGUGAGUCUUACACCUGGGAGAGGGGCAGAGCCCAGAACCAAACCUGUUUCACUUGUAAGAUGUUGUUAGGAUGGAGAACUGUUUUACAGAGAAGGUCAGUAGCCUGCAGUCUGCUCUGCAGAGCAGCAGUGCUGCUGACUUGCUUGUGUGGCUGCCAAACUUCGACUCUUUUCUUCACCAUCUCCCUCCUGUAUCUGUGCCUAGCACUUCCCUAGCCUUCACUCUUCGUGUGGCAUGGGUGGAUGCUGCCAGCCUCAGCUUUGCCUGCUGCAGGCAUUGCACAUUGGGUGUGUGAAACAGUUGAGGAGCAGUUCCUUGUAAUUCAUAGCACUUUGCACUCCUGAAAAGCACCAGGAAACUUACACUGCUGUCUACAAGCACUUAGCUAUCUUCAUGGUUGAUUUUGCUUGUUUUCUUGUGCCUUCUGUUUUCCAUUGGCUUGAUGUCCUGCUUGGGGUCAGGCAUCUGCCGGCUUCCUCUUCUGCUCUGCAUGGUUUCUUCUCUGGCUGUAUGAGUGGAGAUGUGGCAUGACCAAGGACUGUGCUACAGGUACCCCUCUCUCUGGACUUGUCACGCUUCCCAUUGUCCCCUGCACCCUCACGUUGUCUCCAAGUGCCAACAGCAAAGCCUGACAAGCGACGUUUUCUUUUCCCCACACUGCCCUUAAUCUGUGGCCCCUCAGUUCUGGAUCCUUCUCUUGGGCAAAACAAGUGUUUUCUGUGCAGUAGGAGGGGAAGGUUUCUCAGCAUUUCUUUCCUUUGGUUUAUGUGACCUCAAGUGUGUUUGGAAGUUCCUCUAAGCUCUAUCCAUGGGUAAAUCUCCUCUGCUCAAGAUCUGACCCGUUUUUGCAAGGACUGAUGCUAAAAGGGACAUAACACCUUCUGAGCUGCCCGUGCAGUUCUGAUUUUACUGACGUUCCCAGGCUGGUUCUGGAACAGCCAUCUCCCAGAGGUAAGUGUCUCUCUUUGGAGAUCUGGGCAUUUUUGCAGCUCUCGUUGCUCUGUAUAAGUCCUGACCUCAUCACCUCAUUCUGUGCUUUGUUUUUCAUUUAUGGAAGCUCCCCACCCACCCAGCACGUCCGUACGAUGAAGGGACCUUUAUCUGGCUCCUUAUUCCUGCAAAACCAUUAAACACAGCAGCACAGAAAGAAGCAUCUUUCUUUUUUGAAAUGGGGAUCCUACUGCCUUGCUUCCCAUCCCUUUGUGCAGUUCUGAUGGCUCAGAGUCGGAGGUACCUGGUGCACGUGGCAAUACCGAAGCAAGAUGUAUUUGCUAGCUCACUGCCACACACAUUUCUGGGGUUUUCUCUCCUUUAUCAGCAUCCCCAUAGUGCUCACUGGCCGCUGUCUGCUGGCCCAGGGGCAGCUGCUGAACCUGCAGCUUCCUAGCUUUCCUCCGCAGACACUGCAGCGCUGGAGGUGAUGCCCAGAUAACGGUCUCAAGCUCGUUCCUGUCUCAGCGAUAAACCUCGCUCAUGUCAGCACGGCGCCUGCACUCGUGGCGCGGUACGAGAGGGGCUCUUUACCCUCAAGCCCCCUCUGUUAGCUCAGCUGUUGCUGUGCUGUCGUGCUGCGAUGGCCACUUCUUACGCCUCUGCUCCAUCGCAGCUGAACCAGAGGAGCCGUGGGAAGCUAUUUCCCUUCUCCCCAUGUUGUUCAGUGCCAGCUGUGUUGCUGCAGUCCAGCUGCAGUCCAGCUGCGUGGCCUGUUUGUUGGUGGGAGCUCCAUGCAGCGUGGCAGAUGGUGACUUCUUUGCCUCCCCCUACCCUCUGUGUCAGCAGACGCCGAUGCCUCUAUGGAAAAAGUCACCUGUGUCACACCCUGUGACAGCUCAUACUAGGGUGGCUAUGAGUUUGCUCUUUGAUCCCAGUUGCCUCUUUAGAGGUAAUGCCUUUCAUGCUUAUGUGUAGAACGGCCCUUCUAGGGAGCUUUCUGCAGGACUCGGGGCACUUACGUAUGCAGUCAGGGGGGAAAACAGCACAGGAUCCUGUGUUCCCAUGCUCAGCUGAGAGAUCACUGCCUGUCCCAGCAAUGCUGCCCUCUGGAUCCCUGCUCCGAGCUGCCCCAGCAUGAAGACUACAAGGAAACUAAAGCACUCUUCAUGUGCCAUUCUCACUUGACUUUUUGUACGUAUGUAUGAAAGUUCUAAACUAAUAUUGCUGUAAAGAAAGAUACAGAUUAAUAUAGCAUAUUAUAUAAAGAUAUAUGUAUAUAAUUUUUUUCCCUAUAUUGUAUGGCACUGUAUAAAAUGAAUGUCGAAGCAUGA